CCCUCUCCCCCCACCUCCACAACCGUGAAUGACUUGCUCGAGAGGGGAGGAACGAAAGCAAGAAAGAGAGAGCGAGCAACUAACUUCACUUUUCCCAGUGACGACCACUUGUCCAAGCAAUUUGGAAAAUUGGCGACUUUGAGGUCGGGCGUCCACAGGAAAGGCGAAGAAACCAAAGCAAAAGGAUGCCCACAGCAGGCAGCAAGCUGAAGCAGUGCCUGCUGGCUCAGGAUCAGCUGGAGCAGGCCAUCAACGCUGUGCUAAAGACAGAGCAGCAGCUGAGGGACAACGCUAGAGAGGUACGCUGGCAGCUGCAGAGCAGCGUGAGUCGCCAGCAGGAGGCGCUGCGCUGUAGGGAGGUGCAUCUUCUGGGCCAGAUCGAGCUCCUGGAACACGUCAAGGCUGAAACGCUACAGCAGCAGUUACAUCAACUCCAUCGGAUGCACGGGCAGUUAGACGCCAUCUCUCAGCAGCUGCGGAGUGCCAACAGCAGCAGCGACCUCAGCAACCAGCUGACCGGCUGCAUGGACAAGUUGUCGUCUCUGAGUCUUAUGCCAGAGGAAACGCCCGAGAUGAUAUUUACUGCCGACUUGCGCUCCCUGAGGGACGCCAUCACCUCGUUCGGCAGCAUCACCGCCCAGAAAGUCCAGGGCGCGGUUCUGGGCGACUGGCUGCUGGAAUGUCGUUCUGGACUCGGAUUUGAAGCCGACAAAGACAAAGGUUCCUGUCUCGCCCCGGAAUCGGUGGAUUUUCUCAAGGCCUGGGGCCAGCUACGAGACCUGGAGAUGUGGCUACUCCGGGACCAGAAGGCCGACGAUCAGAAGCGCGGCACCUCUUCUGCCUCCUCCUCCUCCAUCGAGAAGAUCGACGAGUCCAACUCGCGUGAUGCCCUCCGGGACGACGACCUGAGCAAAUGGCUGCAGGACCCGCCCGCCACCACCGCCGAGUCAGGCGGCGAGCAUUGGCGUUCGCUCUUGAAGCCGUUUUCUGAGCGCCGGUCCUGGGAAGACUGGCUUGUGGGCUCCGGCUGCUCCUCCUGCUGCCACCAAGGUGCCCAAGCGCUGGAGAUCGAGAACCUGGGCCAGCUCAAGUGCCUCAAGACCCUGCCGUCUGCUGCCGCCGCUGGACCCGCUGCGCCGACUGCCGCUGCGCCCACUGCCGCUGCGCCCACUGCCAUCCCCGGCCUUCAGACGUGGCUUCAGUGGGCAGCGCCGCUGCCACAAACCUGCCGAGCCAACGAGCCGUGCUCCAGCUACUCUGAGUGCGUCUGCGACGAAAACUGCGGCAAAGAAGCUCUGAACGCCUGGCUGCUGCAGCGCAGCGCACGAGACAAGAACGGCGUACCCCUCUGCGUCCCUGUUUCCGCUGAAGCCCCGCUUGUGGCCGCUAACUAUGUCCUGCCAGCUGCCAAGGAUUUCCCACCUACUUUGCAGCACAGACAGCAAGAACAGAAGGUUCAGGCCAUCCUGGAGGCGUGGCUUCACCCUUCCAAACCUUCCUCCAGCACCUCCACCUCCUUCUUUCAGAAGCCUUUAGAUGCAGAAUCUUGGAUGCUUCCGGAGAAGUGGGCGGCAGCAGCUCAGCAGGAUGACAAGUUGCUGUUAAAGAACAGGUGUCAGGAACGUGGGACCUUGCCCUCUGUCUGUGAAUCCUUCUCCGCCAUGAAAGUGGGCGGCGACCAAGAGAAAUGGCUCCACAAGCCUCGUCCAAUUCAGAUACGCCACUGCCGCUCAAGUGAAGUGAAGUGAAGUGAAGUGAAGUGAAGAAGAAGAAAAAAAGAGCCGCAGUCACCGAUUUGUUGAAAGGGACAAAACUAACAGUCGCAACGAGCUGCUCUAGGCCACAACUCACACCCAGACGCUCACGCAGACUAACUGGCCAACAAGCUCCUGACAUUACACAGUAGGCCACGCCCCUUAAAGGCACUCAUGCCAUACGAAUACGAGAGUGCGUACAUUAAUUAAUCUUAACAAAGACCAGUUUUUCUUGACAUUCUCUUGGUUAUUUUUAUAUACAAUGCAGUUAUUUUUCUUAAUUAAAAUCACGCAACAAAAAAUGGCCGAAAAUAAACUACGUCCGAUCCAGACGUCGCUCAUUAAAUGCACACAACAAAUAGCAGACAAAUACUUGUAGUACGGAACCAUUGCAUUCCUUGACAUUUUCCUUUUCCUCACGGAGAUAUUUUUUCUUCGAUUUGAUAUCGGAGUAUAAUGAGUUAGAGCUCUGUCACAGAGCAAGUUCAACUGGCAGUUGAUAGUGCCGCCGUCGUUGGGCUCCAGUGUCAACCAAACACGAAGUAAUUAGCAGGGGCUGUGGUUCGUUAAAGCGCACCUGCACUGAAGUAUUUGGGGAACAAGACUGGGAAAGAAGGUGUGUGCAGCAGCAACAACAAAAUGCUAUGAUAUCGUCUCCCGGGUGUGUUAUAAGGAUUCCCACGUAGUUUCCAGGCAGGACACGCCCCACGGCAACAUGAUUGGCUCCUGCGUCGUGGGAGAGGCAGGCUACGCAGAUUUAACGAGAUGAGCUUCCCAAACGUAGCACAUUUGUACAAAAUAAAAACAAAUAAGUUUGUUAUGGUUUGGUUUAGUGUUAGGGUUGGUGCUAAGGUGGGUUAGGUUAGGUUAUGGUUAGUGUGAAACAUAUUAACGCCGCCAAACUUAAGUCACACAUUUAUUUUCCCGCCCGGAAGCAGUAGGGCCUGGUCUACCGGGAUAAAGCAGCCAAUCAUAGUGCAGCGGCGCGUGUCCUGUAGCCAGUAAUAUUGGAGCAGCGCAUGUCCUGCCCGGAAGCUAUGUGGGAAUCCUCAUAAUGCCUCGCACCUUGCGUGCAAUCAUGCUAAGAUAGCUCUGUGACUUGUUAGUGAUCAUGCGAAGCUCGCCAGCUCUUAUUAUUUAUUUUUUUA